ACACAGCAGAGAUUUUUGCGAUCUAGUGGAGGGUGGCAGUCAUUCAUUCAGACGUUGUCUUUAUGUAAUCAUUUUAAAGAUCGACGCAAUUGCGGCGUCAAUUUUGCCAGCCAGAUCUGAGAUUGUGCUGUUGUCUUUUCCACUGACGCGUAAUCCUGAUAAUAGUAAUUCAUACAUUGAUGUGCACUUGAUUGCGUUUGUGUCCUUGUCGUGCAGCAGGCUAAUUGUAGCUAGGUUUAGCAGGCUAAUUGUUCUUUUCAGCCUAAAUAAGUCUUUGUAACCUUAGCUCUGCUAGCCAGUUCUGCACCUUUUAAUCCUCGGCAGCAGACAUUCACGAUCAAGUUAGGAAGCUUAAUUUGUCUGGAUAAGUCUCUCGUGUGUUGUUGUGUGUGCGUGUUGUGUGCUUGAGGGGAGUGUGUGGUCAUCGCUGUGAAAAUAUGUCCAAGCGAGGAAAGAAAGUCGAAGACGCCGUCGAUGAAGAAAAUGGAAACGCCGCAGCGCCCCCUGAGGCCAAGAAGGGGAAGAAAGGGAAGGAGCCUGAGGCCCCUAUCUUGUACGAAGACCCCCCAGACAAGCUAACCAGUAAGGAUGGCAGUGCUGCCAACAUGAAGAUCACCUCCUGGAAUGUGGAUGGCCUUCGUGCAUGGGUCAAGAAGAAGGGUCUUGAUUGGGUACGUGAAGAAGCCCCAGAUGUGAUCUGCCUACAGGAGACCAAGUGUGCUGAGAAGUCCUUGCCUAAGGAGAUAACCUCGAUGCCUGAGUUCCCCCACAAGUACUGGUCAGGCUCUGAGGAAAAGGAGGGCUACAGUGGAGUGGCUAUGCUUUGCAAGACAGAGCCCCUCAAUGUUACUUAUGGCAUUGAAAAGGAAGAACAUGAUAAGGAGGGUCGUGUCAUCACUGCCGAGUUUGCCAGCUUCUUCCUGGUGACUGCCUACGUGCCCAAUGCUAGCCGUGGCCUGGUGAGGCUCGACUACCGCAAGACCUGGGAUGUAGACUUUAGAGCCUACCUUAGCGACCUGGACAAGCGCAAGCCUGUGGUCCUGUGCGGGGACCUGAAUGUGGCCCACCAGGAGAUCGAUUUGAAGAACCCCAAGGGCAACCGCAAGAAUGCUGGCUUCACCCCUGAGGAACGCGAGGGCUUCACUGAGCUACUGGAUGCUGGCUUCGUGGACAGUUUCCGCGAGCUGUACCCAGAACAGGCCAACGCCUACACCUUCUGGACCUACAUGAUGAAUUCACGUGGCAAGAAUGUGGGAUGGCGACUGGACUACUUUGUACUGUCGAAGGCCCUACUGCCUAACCUGUGUGACAACAAGAUCCGCAACACUGCCAUGGGCAGCGAUCACUGCCCCAUAACUCUGCACUUGGCUAUCUAGUGCCAUGUGGUAACCUCAGUGGUAGAAAAGUUGGUCAGUAGUUUAGAAAAGUGUUGGCUGAGAAGUCAUGUUUCCACUGUCCUUUAGCCACUUCCUCCAAAAGGCUUCUUCUAAUUGAUUCUGGUGAUUCCCAUGAAGUCACAUAUGUUCAGAAUUGCAAUUGGUUGGUACAUUUUAAGGUUUAAAUGUAUUGUAACCAUUCCAUUUGACAAUUGCCUUUUAGCUUGAUGACCUUUUAAAAUGGCAGUCAAACCUUGUGCUGUAUUCCGGGUGGUAUGAUUUCUCCCCCCCCUGCCAGUUAUGAUUUGACAUAGCUGCAGGCUAUAUUAUCUAAUGUUGAUCAAAACUGUGCCCAGUGAAAAACACAUACUGUAUGCCAUGUUUCAGAAACCAAAAGGUCUUCAUGGUUUAGAUUAAAACUAUUAUUCAUGACCAAGUCUAAGAUUAGCUUAUUUUUUACAUUUUUCAAAGAGCUACCUUGUAACCGUGCUCCUUAAUAAAUGUUUUUAAUGUUUAA